CACAAGAAUUUCUUCUAACCAUGGCUGCUCGAAAUGAGCGCUAGGCCAACUUUCAACUCCCAUCAAUGAAUGGUAUGCGAUUUUGGUUGGGACCUCGAACCUAACGAAGAAGCCUUCUAUAGCUACAAAACCACAUUUUGCUUCUUCGUUGAUAAAUUAUGUCCCUUUUUUAUAAUAAUACACCCAGAUCUAGGAAUUGCAGAAGCAUCGCUUCGAUUUUUGCUGUAUUACUCUGAGGCGAAUUUACUCAGGGUGAAGCAAUUAGCAAGGUUUGUGUUUAGCUUUGGAGUUUCCUCACAGAUUGGAUUGACUUAAUUGCUUCUUUCUCUUUCUUCUUUGGAGCCUCCGAAGAUUGUUAUUGCGUUAAAAGGGCCUCGACGCUGUUGGUUUUCUCCCCCUGUCUUCUUACCUAUGGGCUUUGUACACUCUGUCCAUCACAUUAAUAAUACUCUUUCGCAUAUAAUCUGAAAGAUUUUUUCUUCUUCGUCUAAUACUUUUCUUGUAUCGGAUUCUUCCUUGGUUUUGAGUAUUGGUGUAAAUGGCCAAUGCAUCUGGGUUCUUUACGGCUUCAGUUCCUAACCUGAGUGGGAGGGCUCAGCCUGCCAUAGCCGUUAAUCAAUUUGGGGAUUUCUCUUUUCAACGAAUCUCGAAGCAAGUGUUCUGCCUUAGUGCCGUAGAAGGCGCUGAAAGGCAUGCUUCAAGUGCUUCAAAGCCUUCGGAAGCUCGGAUACCCAGGCUUGUCAGUAAAGGCUGCAAGUUAGUUGGAUGUGGUUCUGCUGUGCCAGCUCUUCAAAUUUCCAAUGAUGACCUUGCCAAAAUGGUUGAUACUUCUGAUGAAUGGAUAGCAACUCGCACGGGAAUUCAUAAUCGACAUGUUCUUUCAGGUGAAGAGAGCUUAACAACCUUAGCUGCUGAAGCUUCUAGGGAAGCUCUUCUGAUGGCAAAGGUUGAUCCUGGUGAUGUUGACCUAGUAUUGAUGUGCACAUCUACCCCAGAGGAUCUUUUUGGAAGUGCUCCUCAGAUUCAAAGACAACUUGGCUGCCAAAAAGCAUUGGCUUAUGACAUCACUGCUGCAUGCUGCAUGUAGUGAUUUUUGCUGGGUUUAAUAUCAGCUGCUUGUCACAUCAGGGGGGGAGGAUUUCAGAAUGUUCUAAUAAUCGGGGCUGAUGGUCUUUCAAGAUUUGUUGACUGGUCGGACAGAGGGAGCUGUAUUCUAUUCGGGGAUGCUGCUGGUGCGGUACUAGUACAGGCCUGCAACAGUGAGGAAGAUGGUUUAUUCAGUUUUGAUGUGAAUAGUGAUGGCUCUGGUCAAAGGUAUAAAUUCUUAUUUGAUUGCAAAGAUGAUGAGACAGUGACCUAUCUAUUCUUUAAGUAUGCAUAUGUUCGUGCCAUACAUAUGGCUUGGGUGCAUCAGAUAUUCGAUCAGAAGAGAUUGCAAGUAGACCAGACUUCUCAAGGCUUCUUGAAUCACUAUCCACUCUAA